AUGGCGCAACAGGAGGUGCUCAGCGCUUCGCAGCGCAACCUGCUUAGCAGAGCCACCUCGGCGACCUCGGAGCCCACGCCGGGGUAUGUGUACAAGGACAUCACCGACAUGGUCCUGCGAGACCCUGCUAUACUGCCGACCGUGGAGGAUUAUCUGCUGCAAAAGCUAGCGCGGAAUGAACCAUACAUAAAGUUCAAAUGCCUGAAAUUGCUGAAAAACCUGUGCGCCCGGCUACCGCACGAGUUCAACAGGAACAAGGUGUGUCAUUGUCACGCCGUCAUCGAAGCGCGUACGUACAAGGCUCCUUACAGCGAACACAACGGUGACUACCUAUGUCAGAUGGUCCGAAACGAGGUGGAAGACCUCCUAAAGGUGAUAUAUGGACAGCAGAACGCGUCGGCCGCUGGCGGUGUGCCGCCUAGUAUCCCUCCUCAAAACCGCAUGAUCGGCUUUGGGAACAUGCCAAUGUCCCAGUCUUCAGCUAACAAUCAAUUCGGGAGCACAAAUCCUGCAAAUCAAAACUACUCCCUUCCGAACACGUAUUCCGUGGGCUACGGUAAUCAGGGCGGUAUUGCUAGCACUGGCUUCGGCAACACGGCCUACGGUAAUCAGGGCGGUAUUGCUAGCAGCGGCGUGGGUAAUAUGGGAUUUGGCAACACCGCCGUGGGCAGCCCAGCAUACGGUAAUGCCGGUGCCGGUCGCAAAAUGGAGGGGUUCGGUAAUUUCAAAUCGAAGACGCCUGUAAACAAGUCCACGAGCAACCAGGCUUUCAAGGUAAUCUCCGAUGUCGCCAAUAGGUUCAUUCCAACUUCCAUAAUGGACAAGAUAGAACGCGUCAGUUCGGCAUUCACGUCGACGACGUUGGAUCAGAUCGAGAGGCACGUCACGUCGGCCUUUGACAAACGCAAAAGCACGAUGCAAGAACCGUACGCAGGCAGCUUCGCAAACACCCAUCGACCCGUCCCAGCGUUCGUCCAGCCAAGUUUCAACACCCAGCCGGAACGUACCUUGUUGCCGUCGCUCAUACCCGAUGCGCACGCGCAGCACAGCACGGUGGAGGACGUAUCGGGCGAGAUUGAGUCGAAGCUCGUGAAGGACAUUCUCACGUUCAGCGGUAUCAAGGUCUCGCCGUCGCAGCAGAUAAUCGACGACUUCCUCAUGCAACUGAAGGACGCCAACGUCCGUUAUGUGGUGGAUGAACUCUUACGGAGCAUCAACAACAGGGCGAACAGGUGGCAACUGCAGCUGAGGAUUCUUUGCAUCUUCGAGGCGCUGAUCGUGCGCGCGAAUAUGGCGGACGAUGUCAUCAGCCAUCUCGCCACCGAGCUGCAGCCCAUCCUGGUCAAAUGCCGCGAGGAGAGCCAGCUGAAAAACAAGGCAUACAGGGUGAUGCAACUGCUGAAUAGCGCGGCGAAUGUGCCUCCGAGAGAUGUCAACCUGAUCAGUACCACGAGCCCUACCGAACGGAAAAGUCCUACUGCGGGCGAGGGCGUAAAUACUAGCAGCGCAUCAGAGUUGGACCUGUUCGCCAGUGACGUUGUGAAAGCGGAUGACAACAAUCAGAACGAGCCCCUGAGGAGCAUCCCCAGCGACUUCACAAACCCCGCCUUCGAUCUUUUGGACAGCUUCACCCCCGUCAGCAGCAUCCGCACACCUCAGGAGUCUCAGGCGAGCAACGCGCCUAAAACCACUAUUGCCGACGACAUUUUGGAUUUCGAGAAUCUCGCCAUAAGUACUGCAAAGAAUCGCACAUCCACUCCUGAACACGACCUCUUUGCCGCGCUCGACACAGUGGCCUUCCAACCGCAGGCUCGCGGCACAAACGAUCUUCUCUGA